GAAAAUUGAAAAUUCGGCAAUUUACGGUUGCGCCGGCGAUCACUGUACAAUUUUCAAUCAGUUGAUACGUCGCGUUCGUGAGAAUACAACGUGCAAUCGUAUGCCGUGAGAAGUGGAUGGUGGUUUAAACAAAAACGAUUUAUUUAAACGCAUCUAUUCACUUUUAGUUUUAUCUUUAUUUGCACGAAUGUAAAAGGCUUUCGCUUAAUCGAAUCUGCAACUAUCGCCUAAGUCGUCCCAGUGUCGAAGCUGCGUGGGUAUUUUGGUUGCCAAUGUAAAUGCUAUUUAUAAUAAAAAGAUAGUCUUGGCUUAUCGGUUGCAAAUGAAUAAUUACACAUCGCCCCAAGGAGAAAGUUUCACAACGGCCUGCUGGGAAAUAAAGGACUCUCCAGCCGAUACUUUCUCUCCCAUAGCCCGGAAAUUACAGAUAAUUUUCCUGUAAUAUUAAUUUUUUUGCCCAAGGAUUCCAGUUCGUUCAUUAUGUGUCUGUUCAUUCAUUAUUUUCCGCUUUCCGUGUGCCGACAUUAAGGUUUAAUUCAUGAACACAACUACAUGGAAAUCGCGAGAAACGUGGAAAUCACUGGCAGUCGUUUGGUCGUUCCGUUGGUUCGUUUUUAAUUUUCGGAAAAUUCUUUUUUCCAUUUUCGCGAUAUCACACUUACAUAGAUCAGUGUUCAGUGGCUCAGUGCUUUCGAAUUGAUUCUGCUUUCACUCUAUGAAGAGAAAUUAUAAAACGAGCAAAGUUUUCCGAGUUUAUGUUUUUGUUUCCAGCAAUAGUACCAAAACAUAAGCUUUCACUUUAAAAAUGUUCAAAUAAAAUAACACAAAUGACUCCAAAACUUAUCCAGUGUAAAUCUAAUUGUGAAAAAAGUUAAAGUGAAUACAGAAGAUGACAUGAAAAAGGAAUAAUGCAAGCCUGCUAUAAUCUUCCGCUACUAUUACUUCUACAGCUGCUAUUCUUCUUCUCAGUUCCAACAGUAUCUUUGCUUCCAUAAUUUGGUUUCCACCAGAACGCACAGCACAAAACUUACAGCACUUCCGCCCAAAAUUAAAUUGCAAAAGUGUAAUCCAGAUACUAUCUGAAUUCAGUGCAACACCAGUAAAAAGGAUAAUCUACAGCUUCCUUCUGAGCUUGAGAUUCAGCUACUUUAAUUUGAUAUUGAAUCUUUUUCGCAUAGUAAAGGCGGAAAUUUCGUCCUUUUUUGUCACCAUUCGCUUGGGAAAUUUCUCGUAAAAAUUACAAAGGAUCAACUUGGCGGCCGUUUAAGGAGAGGAAGCUUGUUCGUUGCAUUGGCGAAUUAGAUACUUUGGAAAGAUCGCGCUCCUUAGCGGAAACCUUCACGUGAUUUUCGUCGUAAAGUGUUUAAUGAGUAACAGUGCAAUGGUGGCUGUGGCUAUUUGUUGUAUAUUGGUCCUGUUGGCCGUUUUCAUUGUCAUCAUCAUAGUUGUUGGACAAACCAUGAAUGAGCCCAAGUGAGAUAAACUUCAGUUGGGGCCCGGUAACUUUCCCGAUGGAUAGCAAAGGCCUCAGAUCUGUUAGU